GUUUGACAAAUAUUGAUAAUUAUUCAUUCAUAAAUUAUACAUGCUAUAUUAUGAAUAAAAGAAAGAGUAUAGGCAAUUAGACCUAUUGUCAAAAUUACAUAGAUUAUCGCAACAUAGGUAUACGAAAAUCAAUAAUUUAUAUUAAAGUGUCAGCUUGGUUGACAAGACAAAAUUGAGUGACCAAUUAAAAUGUUGUGGUCAGUUAUGAAAUUAUGUAACGAUAAUUUUCAUUGGUAAAACGAAGAAAACCUGGGAUCUCUAAGCACGUGAGCAACGACCUUUUUAAGCUAGUGUUUUGGGCUAUUCGUCAGUUGCCAUGAGAUCUCAGUUGUAAUAAAAUAUAGUUAUUUUGGAAUUCUUCGUUUUUACCAGGAGAUUUGUGAAUUUGAAGCAUAAUUUAUUCGUAGUAAAGUUUAAUUCUGUUAUUUGGUUAUAUUUAAUAUUCAACGAAGUUUAGAGAAAUCUUUGUGUGUCACUUUGGUUUACCUUGACAACGCAACAGAACAUAGAGAAAAUAUUUGUUGUUUCGUGUAUAAUGAAAUCGUACCAGUGCAGGAUUGAUCUCCAGAACAGAAUAUUUGCGUAUUACGUUAUACAAAAGAAACAUUUGAUAUAUUCCAGCUUGACAUUAUCUAUGUAUGAUGAACUAUAAAUAUUGUGAAAUAUAUUGUAUGCAUUUAUUUGAAAUUGUAUUAUAAGAGUUGCCAUGAGAUCUCAGUUGUAAUAAAAUAUAGUUAUUUUGGAAUUCUUAGUUUUUACCAGGCCAGCUAAAGUCCAGACGACAUAGGCUGAAAGUCAAGUACGACAUUUGGAGGAGGUACCCAACAAUCCCGGCUAGUCCCCGAGAAUUCAGAACAAAUGCCUGCACCACUCAACAGCAACAGUAGCUACUUUUUAAGAUCAGCACCAACAACUACAGAAACAGACACUGGAGCUACAGGCACAGUAGAUACGAGCACAGGUACAAGAGCAACAAGCACAACAACAACCGAGUCAAGCACAGCAACAACAGCGUCACGCACAGGGGUAACAGCGUCAAGCAGUUCAAAUACCACAGUCGCAACAGCAAAUACUGUCAACACCGCAGAAGCAGUAAGACCAGUAAUCAUGCCAGGGGGUAUAACUUUAGACAAGUUUAAUGAGGAAGAAAUAGCAGGUCAGUGGUGGACAUUUUUUAUGCAAUGGUGUAUGCUAAACAACAUUGUAGGUAACAACAUUUGCUCAACUUUUCCAUUCAAGUUAGCUAAAGGUGCGCCAUUGUUGUGGUAUAACAGCUUAACAGAUACAGUGAAAAACAACAUCCAACAGCUGAAGGCGGAGUUCUUGAAAAGGUUUUCCAAUCAAAGUACCAUGUUUGAUGUAGGGCUGUUUCGAAUCAAACAACUACAGGAUGAGACGGUGAACGAUUUUUUCGUCCGGUUACAGACAGAGAUGAAGGGUGCAGUAAUUCCAGAAAAUAUCGUGGUAGGGAUGGUAAUUCAAGCACUGAAUGGGAAAAUUGGCGAGAAGGUUUACUCGAGAGUUCCCCAACCAUUAACACUGACGGAGGUAAGAGAAGCAGCGUUGCAAGCAGAGCGAGCUGUCAAACUAAAUUCAGAAGACCAUGGGGCAUCUAUAGCGAAUCUUCAGACGAUGCUAGAGAACAUGAGUACAACAUUGAUGGCGAUUGGAACAGGGCAGCAGCAACAACAGCAGCAGCAUCACCAGCAGUAUCAACAACAACAGCAGCAGUAUCAACAGCAGCAGCAUCAUCAGCAGUAUCAACAACAGAACCAGCAACACAGAGAGUACAACGGCAAUUACAACAAUGGACAGAGUCGACAAUCAAGACAGACCAUUAGAGAGGAGGAUACAAUCUGCUAUAAUUGCGGUACGUUGUGUAAGCGUAGUAAUAAAAGGUGCCCUGCUUUUGAUAAAAUAUGCCAUAAAUGUAAAAAACAAGGUCACUUUGGUAGAGUUUGUAUUAAUAGUAGAAGCCAAGAAAGAUAUAGAAAUGAUAGGGGUACUUAUAAUAAUAAUAAUAAUUUUCAAAAACGUGGGUUUUAGGGAUUCGCGCCUGUCCGUAGGCGUCAGUCUGAGGAUAGGCACAAAGGCAGAUCUUAUGCAGAGGUGAAUUUGGCGACAUCUAUGCAUAAAAAUACUACUGUAGUAGAUGUGCAAGGCAGAAAAACGCACAGCCUUGUAGACACAGGCGCACAAAUUACAUGUUGCAGCUCAGAUUUUUUUAGUAAAUUGCCCUUUAAAGAUAAUAAGCUUUGCAAAUCUGAGUAUUUUAACAUAACAGGUGUUGGAGGUACACGUUCACGGGUAUUAGGCAAAAUUUUAUUACCACUGUCAUUUAAAGGCACUGUAUUUCAACAGUACGUACAUGUAAUUGAGGGUCUUCAGCAUUCUCUGAUUAUAGGAGUAGAUUUUAUGUUGUCACAUAAAGUUAAAAUAGAUUUUGACACACAAACAUUAUGUUUUAAAGACACUGAACAAGAAAUUUGCACUUUUAAAGCUAAUACUGGACUUGCAAGGUCAUUGUCAACUGUAACUAUACCCCCACAACAUGAAACUAAUAUUAGCAUAAAAAUUUCAAAACGAAAUUCAGGGGAUAUAGUUCUUUUAGAACCAAAUGAUGAAAUACAAGGUUUAAAUCUGAUGAGUGCAAAGUGUUUGGUUAAAAUUAACAAUGGAAAAGCAGUCAUUAGAGUUUUGAACCCUACUAAAAAAUCAGUUACAAUUCCUGCAAGUAAAGUUUUAGCAACUGUGUCAGACAUUGAAAUAGAGUCAAUACAAGAGUUAAAUGACGCGCCUACAAAUGA